GACGAGGACAUGAUCUCAGAAGACUCAGAAGACUACUCCCACGUAAAGAGUUGUCAUGUCACUGGUGCUGAAGAGCCAAUCGCCGAAUUGCUUGAGUCAUUCCAGAACCUUGACACAAUCAAUGAAAUCGAAGAUGACGAUGGCGAUAGUGACUGGGAAGACGUCGAAUCUGACGACGAGUACAGUGAUGAGGAUAGUGAGGGCAGCUGCACGUAUUGGGAAGUUGAAGACGAGGCCAGCUUCAUCGUUUUCGGCGAGGACUGAGCUAUUUCCAGCGCUAGCCUUGUACAAAGACUACCAUCGCGACGCCAAAUUACAUGCCAUAAGGUCACUGUAUCGAAGAAGCACACUUUUUGCAAAAGGCGGAGGUGCAUAUGAAGGAGGAAGCAGGAAAGACACGCGCCCGGUUCGGGGAUAGAAGAGCAUCACCCAAGAGCAGAGGAUUACUCAUUCGAACUGUACAUAUACAUUCAAGAGCCAUUCAAGAUUAGAGCGAAGAAAGGGUUCAAAGUGCUUGUCCCUGGCACUCUAUCAUCAUGAAAAAAAAGACAUGACAUUACCCGUAGCAUACAACAUGCACGGCAGAGGUUCAACAGGAACUCUCUAGUUAUCAUCAGUAGCAAACAAAAAAUCAAAUUUUAAACAAUUUUCUC